ACUUUAACAGCGGAAGGGGAUCUCAAAUGACAAGUCAUGUGAUCUGUUGCUGACGAAAAAACAACUGAAAACCGACGGUCCUUCGGCGUUUGAAGACGCACACAUCUGUCGUGGAUCGAUCUGAUAGCUAACAUGCAGAACGCCAUUAAUUCUGUAAAAGGCACGGCCCUUGGUGUAGCCGAGUUUUUUACUCCAGUGCUGAAGGAAUCCAAAUUCAAGGAGACUGGUGUUAUCACUCCAGAAGAGUUUGUAGCUGCUGGAGAUCACCUUGUUCAUCACUGCCCCACAUGGAAAUGGGUGUCUGGGGAAGAGGAGAAGGUGAAGCCGUAUUUACCCAAGGAUAAGCAGUUCCUAUUGACUCGCAAUGUUCCCUGCUACAAGCGCUGUAAACAGAUGGAGUAUUGUGAUGAACUGGAAGCUAUCAUAGAGGAGGAUGACGGAGAUGGAGGAUGGGUCGACACCUACCACAACUCAGGUAUAGGGGGAGUUACAGAAGCUGUACGAGAAAUCUCAUUGGACAACAAGGACAUGAACAUGAACUCUGGUGCUAGUGGAAACGGAGAUGAUGAUGAUGAUGAAGACGAGGCAGCAGAUAUGGAAGAGUAUGAGGAGAGUGGACUACUGGAAACAGAUGAGGCCACCCUGGACACCAGUAAAAUGGUGGACUUGUCUAAAUCCAAAACGGGAGAGGCUGGGAGCGAUGACAUCCUGCAGACUCGAACCUAUGACCUCUACAUCACAUAUGACAAAUACUAUCAGACUCCUCGACUCUGGCUAUUUGGAUACGAUGAGGACAGACAGCCCCUGACAGUGGAUCAGAUGUACGAGGACAUCAGCCAGGAUCAUGUGAAGAAAACGGUCACCAUCGAAAACCACCCCCACCUACCACCCCCGGCCAUGUGCUCUGUGCAUCCCUGCAGACAUGCUGAAGUGAUGAAAAGGAUAAUCGAGACUGUGGCGGAAGGGGGAGGAGAACUUGGAGUUCAUAUGUAUCUGUUGAUUUUCUUGAAGUUUGUCCAGGCCGUCAUCCCCACGAUAGAAUACGACUACACAAGGCACUUCACCAUGUAGCUCCAUCCUACAGAGGUGUAGGCUACUCUUGCAAACAUCUUUGAGUGUAGGAGGAAUCUGUCUUCUGGCUGGCAGUGUUAGUGGGGUAUGGAAUGUUGUCUCUGGGAAUGACUCUUGGAAUAUUCUGGGUACUCUGACCCUCUUUGCGUGGGAAUAGGUUGAAUCGCUGAGGGGUUGAUGGGUGUAUACAGAUGUUGGUAAUGCUAUAAUCCCAAUGAUGUAAUGGCUUUAUGUGGUGACUGAUCUCAGUGUUUUUGUCUGGAAGAUUUUCACUCUGUACUUGGCAAGUGCCCAGCUCUGCCAUUAACAACCAUUCAAAGAUAACUAUAUUUAUUUUACAUGAAUUCACUGACAGAUAGGCUUUCAAGUUUUCUCCAUUUGUUUUUAUAACCACACAAAUCUUUUUUUUUUUUUUACCAUAGUAAUGGUGCCACUAAUGUCCUCUCAAAUGCUUACCAAUUAAAUGUUGUUGAAAGAAA